AUGAAGUUUUUGGAAAAUCUGAAGGCAUUUGAUAAGGACAACAUACCAGCCUCAAUUAUGAAAGUGAUUCGUGAGCGCUAUAUUCCUAACCCCGAUUUCAAGCCUGAACGCGUUGCUGUUGCUUCCACGGCUUGUGAAGGUUUGUGCAAAUGGGUUAUUGCUAUUGAUCGGUACGAUGCGGUGGCCAAGAUUGUUGCGCCAAAGAAGGAAGCUCUGGCCAGAGCUAUGGAGGAGUACACAACAGCCAUGGAUUCUCUGAACAAGAAGCGUGCGGCCCUGAAGGAGGUACAGGACCGCUUACGCAUCCUCACCGACGACUUGGAGCUUAACAAGCGAAAGAAAAUAGACUUAGAAAACAAGGUCGAUAUUUGUACGAUGAAACUGGAACGCGCCGAACAGCUGAUCGGUGGUCUUGGUGGUGAGAAGUCACGAUGGACAGAAGCGGCCAAAAAUUUGGGUGGACAAUAUGUCAAUCUAUCCGGAGACGUGCUUGUUUCAAGUGGUGUGGUAGCCUACCUCGGUGCUUUCACAUCUUCAUUUCGACAAGACCAAAUCAAAGAAUGGCUUCAGGCUGUAAGAGACAGUGCCAUUCCUUGCUCCACAGUUUUCAGUUUGGUCAACACCUUAGGUAAUCCGGUGGAGAUUCGAGCCUGGAAUAUAGCUGGACUGCCAACGGAUGAUUUCUCGGUGGAGAACGGGAUUAUCAUUGCGUAA